AUGACUUCUGGUCAGAACCACUCCACCGGAUUCUUCAAUGCUCGUUGGUUCGGUAAUACCACGAGCUCAUCUGAGCCCGACGAUAACCCCUGGGGUCAGCCCUUCAACAGCAUCAACACUGAGGCUCCGCCUCAACCACCGCACCGGGCAGAGGGUGCAUUUAACGUGUUUCUUAACAUGAUGUUUCCCAAACCCCAGGAGUCCAAUGAUCAGGAUACUAAGUCCGACAAGGGUGGAAAAAAAGACUCCUCCACGUCCAUGACAUCGGACGCAACUACGAACGACCUUUUCGAGCAGAACAUGAAGUCCUGCUCGGACUUCAUCGAUGAUCACGUGAAGUCUGACGUUCAUUCGGGCAAGUCAAGGGUGAAACGAACGGAGUCACUCAACUGUAACCAACUCCUUGUGAUUAUCCUCGGGGCAUCCAUGAACUCUAGCGAACUUCGCUGCCGCGUUCAACGAUGGGCUACCGAGGCGGGUGCCGAGCUGAGCGAGGACGACUCUCUCAUGCUACGAGUACUACCUCUCAAGCACGAAGCUUUGAGUCAGAUCGUAGCAAAGAUCAUCCGAACCGAUAAUACGCCUUCCACCCAGGACAUUAUCCACUGCGCGACUGUGCGUUUUGAAACGCUUAACUAUGUCGCGAAGGGUAUUUUUUGA